AAAAAACCCAACUGUUUUGCAUGACAUUUUAUAAACUGCAGAACUCACCAGAGAUUACAAUCUGAGCUCAGCAUAAGCAAAGAGGUGAUUCAGCAUCUCCUUCAUUCCUUCAUAUACAGAGCCUGAGAUUCCCAGCAACUUAUCAAAGAUGAAGAAUCAUCUGAUUCUGCUCAUAUUUUACACAGAGUCGCAUGGCAUGGGGGAGGACAACAUAAGUCAACAGGAGACUAUCAAUAUCCAAAGAAGCUAGAUCCCUAGCCACUAUCCGAUUGAAGACUGAUGGACUUUCACAAUACCCCUGAGGAGUCAUCCCUCUUGUCCUGUCUGUCCCUCGAAAGUACUACCUAAUCCAGCAAGGGAAAACAUGGAGUGAUGCUCAGGCUUACUGCCGAGCCAAACACACUGACCUGGCUAUCAUCCAAAGUAAUGAUAACAUGGUCCGACUUCAGUUUGACAACAAACAAUUCAGUUCCAGUGCUUGGAUUGGACUAUACAAUGACGUCAACAGCUGGCGCUGGUCCUUUGGAAAUGAAGCACUGGGAAGUAUGAGACAAUGGUUUAUAGGACAGCCUGACAAUAGAUAUGGACAUCAGGAAUGUGCUAUGCUGGAUCAACAGGGUUGGUAUGAUAAAACAUGUACCGAUACAUUCCCCUUUGUAUGCUUUGAUGACAAUAAAACUGGUACUGACAGGUACAUUUACAUCUCGAGCAGUAAGACAUGGUAUGAAGCUCAGGCUUACUGCAGAACAUAUCAUACUGAUCUGGCCAGUGCUAGAGAUGCAACAGAAAAUGCAGUUAUAGCAGGACUGACCUCUGGCUUCACAUGGUUUGGUCUGUUCAGAGACGUCUGGAAGUGGACAGACCAAACCAACUUCUCUACCCUCAGCUGGAUGUCUGGAUAUCCUGAUAAUGCCCUGAAGAAUGAAAACUGUGGUUAUUUAAAUAAUGGUCAGGUUGCUGAUGCACAGUGCUCAGACAUAAUGCCUUUCUUUUGUUACUCAGAAAUCACAGGAAAACAACAAAUCAUGAGGGUAAAGAUCAGGUCCAACGAGGAUGUAAACAAUCCUGAACUAAAUGCAGCCAUCUUGGAGCAGAUCAAGGAGAAACUGAAGGAUCAUGGGAUGGCAAACAGCACAGUGCAAUGGAAAGAACAACCAGAUGGAAAGGUGUUUCAAAAGAAGAAAAACAAUAAUACUCAACAAAAAGAAGGGCUAAAUGUCUUUAGCUGUGUCUUAAAUUGAAAAAAGUAAAAUAUGUUUAAUGCAAGUUGUAUGUCAGUAGUGCAUGGGUGGAAAAAGGACAGAUAAGUGAUGAAAUCUUUCGAUAUCAUACUCAUUUAGAAAUGAAAGCAUUCAGACAGAAAAUGCAGUCAAAUGAAGUAAAAAAUGCUAUUUAAAUGUAAUGAAAUAUUAAAAUGUAAAUAGGUAAAUGUUUUUAAAGGAUAAAAUUAGGUUAAUUUUAGUAACUAGGUUUAGUAAUUAGGUUUAGUAACAUUUAAAAUACAAAUUAUGUUUUAAAACAACACUUACCCAUAGCCUCAUUGGCUGGAUGAGCAAAAAAGAGAGGGUUGAGAUGUACACUACCAGUGAAAAGUUUGGACACACCUUUUAAUUCAAUGUUUUUUGUUUAGGGAUUUAUUUUCUACAUUCUAGAACAAUCCUGGAGAUUUCAAAACUAUGAAAUAACACACAUGGACUUAAGUAAUCCAUAUGUAAUGACAACAAAAAACAGUCAGUUGUUAUUUUAAGACACGAAGGUCAGGUGUUCUGGAAUAGUUCUUGCAAGAACAGUAUUGUCAAGUGCAUUUGCAAAACCCAUCAAGCACCAUGAUGAAACUGGCUCACAUGAAGACCAUCCCAGUAAAGCAAGACCAAAACUGACCUCUGCUGCAGAGGAGAAGUUCAUUUAGAGUUACCAGCCUCAGAAAUCACCAAUUAACAGCGCCUCAGAUUAGAGGCGUUAUGAAGGCUUUACAGAGCGUCAGUAGCAGACAUAUCUCAAUAUCAACUGUUCAAACGAGAUUAUUGUGUAUUUCGGCCGCCUUCAGCAUUGUUUUACAAUGUAGAAAGAAAUAAACAUCAGGAAAGACCAUGGAAUUAAAAGGUGUGUCCAAACUUUUGACUGGUAGUGUAGUUCACUAUUAAAGGGAUGGUGGAACAAUAAAACUAAUUUAAUCUAAGUUUACCUUUUGGCUUCUGUCUAAGAUAAUAUCAGUUUUUUUGUCAAUUAGUUGUUAGUAGUUUAUAAUGACACUUUACCCAGAAUAUAGUCAAUCAACUGAGUUGUUCUGGUUUGUACUUCUUUAGUUUUACAGAUACUAUGCUAAUGUAGUUAAAGUCUAUUUCUCCUAAAAUAUUAUAUGUAAAUAUAU